GCUCUCCCUCUUCUUCCUCCUCCAGUUUCUGGCUCUUUGUAUAACCCCAAAACCUCUUGUCUUAGCACUCAUUCUUCUUUAAAAACAAGACAGGUUUGGGCAGUGUAAUAGUGUAUAGUUGACGUCUUGGAUGAUAUUGUGGAGAUUCUGGAGGAAACAAACAUCUUAUGACUGUGCUUUUUCAUUCUAAUGUAAUGCAGUCUUUUGCUCUUUUGUGGUGUCUAACUAGUUAAAGUAACCUCUGUCCAUUUUUAUGAUUCUACAAUGGUGAUGGAGUGCAACAAAGAAGAGGCCAUUAGGGCCAAGGAAAUUGCAGAGAAGAAGAUGAUAAGCAAGGAUUUUCCAGGGGCUCGCAAAGUUGUGCUCAAGGCCCAACAGCUCUAUAAUGAUCUGGAAAACAUAUCUCAGAUGCUAAUGGUCUGUGAAGUACAUUGUGCUGCUGAAAAAAUGAUUUUUGGGAAUGAGAUGGAUUGGUAUGGCAUACUUCAGAUUGGGCAAAAUGCAGAUGAGGCUACAAUCAAGAAGCAGUAUAGGAAGUAUGCCCUCCUGCUGCACCCUGAUAAAAAUAAAUUUCCUGGUGCAGAAGCUGCUUUUAAGCUGAUUGGAGAAGCUCAGAGAGUGCUUUUGGACCAAAGUAAAAGGUCUGCGUAUGACAUGAAAUGGAGAGUAACUUUUAGAAGUUCAGCACAAGCAGCACCAGCAUCUAGGCACCCACAGACUUCAAGUUCGCACACUCAUGUUACCGCUAGGUCCAAUUUCCGCCCCAACUGUAAAGGCUCAGUUCCCCCACAAAAGCAGCCACAACAGCAAUCUCAACAAGCAUAUAGCAAUGGCCGGCCAACUUUCUGGACCAAGUGUCCAUUUUGUACUGUCAGAUACCAGUAUUAUACAGACAUUCUCCACAGGACUCUUCGUUGUCAAACUUGUAAUAAGUCCUUUAUUGCAUAUAAUUUAGGUGCAGCUCCUCAAGCAACUAACCCGAGUCAACCAAAAGUCCCUGAACAAAAAGAUGUCCAGAGUCAGAGUGCUCAGAAAAUGGAACAAGGAUUUCGUGAGAAGCUUAGUACUGAGAAUCCUGAAGUGGCUUCUUCUUCAAAGGUGCCUCAUGCUUCGCAUGUUGGAACUAAAAAUGUGAAUGGGAAGAGAGGAAGGAAGCAAACAGUGGAAUCCAGUGAAAGUUGUGAUACACAGAGCAGCAGUGACUCAGAAGAAGAUGUUCUGAUUGAUGAGAGUGGUGAUGUUCAGGCUGGAAAGGAUUUUGGAUGUUUUGGAGAGAAUUUGCGUAGAUCUGGUAGGCGCAAGCAAGAGGUUUCCUACAAAGAAAAUUUAAGUGAUGACGAGGACUUGGUUAGCAUGCCAAAAAGGGUGAAGGGGAGUGGUUCAUCUAAUGCAGCUGAAGAGAAUGGAGAUGCACUAAAAGGAGGGGCACCUAAAAUGAACAAUCAAUCUGGCCUGCCAAAAGUGAUGGAGCAGACCAAAGGUGCUCGUUUCCAAGGGAGCUUAGCCAAUGGGAAGAAGGAAACCAAGGUGUUUGGAAAAGAAACAGUAGAAGACAGUGAUCCUAAGAAAUUUUUUAAAGAUUGUGGUGAUGGUGGUAAGAAGAAUUUUAAUGCUGAUUCUGAGUCAAAUUUAAGCCCCCAAAGCUCCCAAGGUCCUGAGAUCUAUUCAUACCCUGAUCCAGAUUUUCAUGACUUUGACAAGGACAGAAAAGAGGAGUGUUUUGCUGCAGGGCAGAUUUGGGCUGCUUAUGAUACACUUGGUGCAAUGCCUAGAUUUUAUGUUCGAAUCAGAAAAGUCUUUUCUCCUGGGUUCAAGCUUCGCAUGACCUGGCUGGAACCUGAUCCAGAUGAUGAGAAGGAAAUCAAAUGGGUUGAUGAAGGUUUGCCAGUUUCAUGUGGAAAGUUCAGACAUGGGGACAUGGAAAACACUGAAGAUCGUCUCAUGUUCUCUCAUUUGGUGUAUUGCGAUAAAGGAACUGGUAGAGAUACUUACAAGAUAUUUCCAAGAAAGGGGGAAACAUGGGCCCUCUUCAAAAACUGGGAUAUCAAAUGGAACUCUGAUGUAGGCACUAACGGGAAGUUUGAAUAUGAAUUUGUUGAAAUCUUAUCAGAAUACGCUGAGGGUGUAGGUAUACAUGUUGCUUACUUGGUUAAGGUGAAAGGCUUUGUGAGUCUAUUCUGUCGAAUGGUGAAGGAUGGAAUUGAUGCAUUUCAAAUUCCACCUGGUGAACUCUUCAGGUUUUCCCACAGGGUUCCAUCAUUUAAACUGACUGGCGAUGAGAGAAAAGGUGUGCCAAAAGGAUCCUUUGAACUUGAUCCAGCUUCGUUGCCUGCCAAGCUCGAAGAAAUUUCUGUUCCUGUGGACUCACAUUCAAGUCCUUUGGAGAAAGCGAAAGAAAGGAUGGGCUCUAAAAAAAGUGCUCCCUUGAACUGUGAUGGAGUGAAGCGGACUGCCAUAAAUCUUGAGAAUGAUAGUGCUAACAAUGCUGCUGAAGAUCAUACUUCUUGUUCAGCUUCACUCCCAGGAAACAUUGAAUAUCCAGAUCCAGAAUUUUACAAUUUUGAUGAUGAAAGAUCCCAGGAAAAGUUUCAAGUUGGGCAGAUUUGGUCUUUGUACUGUGACGAGGAUGGCUUGCCUAAAUAUUAUGGUCAAAUUAUCAAAAUUGAGUCAAACCCAGUUUUCAAAUUGCAUGUAAAUUGGCUUAUUGCCUGCCCAUCACAAAAAAUGAUUCAGUGGCAUGAUAAAAAAAUGCCCAUUUGUUGUGGAAGAUUUAAACUUAAAAAAGGUUCAUCCCAGGUGUAUGCUAAUACUUCUUCUUUUUCACAUCAGUUAAAAGCAGAAGAUGCUGGUAGAAAGAAUGAAUACAAGAUCUUCCCAAGGAAAGGAGAGGUCUGGGCAUUGUAUAGGAACUGGACUGCUGAAAUCAAACUUUCUGACCUGGAGAACUGGGAAUAUGAUGUUGUGGAGGUGAUGGAUGAGAGUGAUUUGUGGAUAAAGGUAAUCAUUUUAGAGCGUGUGAAUGGCUUCAACUCGGUCUUCAAGGCCACAUUGAAGGGCAGAACAUAUGUGACGGUGGAAAUUCCUAGGGUGGAGCUGCUUAGAUUCUCCCAUCAGAUGCCUUCUUUCCGGUUGACAGAUGAGAGGGGUGGUGGCCUAAGAGGCUUCUGGGAACUUGAUCCUGCAGCAUUACCGCUGGGCUACUUUUCAUAGAACGCUGGUGUCUGGAGCAGAUCAUGGAGGCAAAGUCUCCUUGCCUAAGAUUUGAGCUGCAUAAAUUGUGUUCUUCAGGUGUGACGUCCUUCUUGUUAUGUUCUUCUUUCCAGUUUCUGGAGCUUCUGGUUUUGCCAUGCAGCUUGGCUAGUUUUAUACAGCUUACCAAUGGGUCUGCCCUAAGUGUAUUAGCCAACCAAGAAAAGGUGCAUUUUUUUCACCUUAUAGAUGUUAAAACGAAAUUACAGCUGGAGUUAUCUGUAAACUGCUUUUUUUCUGUGAUACUGUUAGCUCUCACACCUUGAUGUAGAUUAUAUAUUAGUAUCCUAGCAAAGAGCUUUGCCCUAUCGUCCUGGCAGUUACUAUGGUCACAAGCUUUUAACCUUUAUUAUUCGUGAA